GUUAAGGUCGGUGAAAUGGCAAGAACUAAGCAGACAGCUCGUAAGUCUACGGGCGGCAAAGCUCCCCGAAAGCAGCUUGCUACAAAAGCUGCUCGUAAGAGCGCUCCUGCUACCGGUGGGGUAAAGAAGCCUCACCGUUACAGGCCCGGCACUGUAGCUCUGCGAGAAAUUCGACGCUACCAGAAGUCCACUGAACUGCUUAUCCGCAAGUUGCCUUUCCAGAGACUUGUGAGAGAAAUCGCCCAGGAUUUCAAGACUGAUCUCCGUUUCCAGAGCUCAGCUGUCAUGGCUCUGCAGGAGGCCAGUGAGGCUUACUUGGUCGGUCUGUUUGAAGACACCAACCUGUGUGCCAUCCACGCCAAGAGAGUGACAAUAAUGCCGAAGGAUAUCCAGCUGGCUCGCCGCAUUCGAGGGGAACGAAAGGGCUCCAAGAAAGCCGUUUCUAAGAGCCAAGCGAAGGGUGGGAAGAAGCGUAGAAAAUCGAGAAAAGAAAGUUAUUCCAUCUACGUGUACAAGGUGAUGAAACAAGUUCACCCUGAUACUGGUAUCUCUUCUAAGGCGAUGGGAAUCAUGAAUUCGUUUGUAAAUGAUAUCUUCGAGCGCAUUGCCGGCGAGGCGUCUCGUUUAGCGCACUAUAACAAGCGCUCAACCAUUUCUUCCCGGGAAAUCCAAACUGCCGUGAGGCUUUUGCUACCGGGAGAGCUUGCAAAGCACGCCGUGUCCGAGGGUACCAAGGCAGUCACUAAGUAUACCAGCUCGAAGUGCGGCUCAUUCCCCAUUCAAUCGUGUGACUGUAUACAUCGAAGUUGCUGUAUUAAGGUCGGUGAAAUGGCAAGAACUAAGCAGACAGCUCGUAAGUCUACGGGCGGCAAAGCUCCCCGAAAGCAGCUUGCUACAAAAGCUGCUCGUAAGAGUGCUCCUGCUACCGGUGGGGUAAAGAAGCCUCACCGUUACAGGCCCGGCACUGUAGCUCUGCGAGAGAUUCGACGCUACCAGAAGUCCACUGAACUACUUAUCCGCAAGUUGCCUUUCCAGAGGCUUGUGAGAGAAAUCGCCCAGGAUUUCAAGACUGAUCUCCGCUUCCAGAGCUCCGCUGUCAUGGCUCUGCAGGAGGCCAGUGAGGCUUACUUGGUCGGUCUGUUUGAAGACACCAACCUGUGUGCCAUCCACGCCAAGAGAGUGACAAUAAUGCCGAAGGACAUCCAACUGGCUCGCCGCAUUCGAGGGGAACGAGCUUAAGGACGCAGAUGAGAAAAGGAAAGCAAAAGGCUCUUUUCAGAGC